UCAAGUUCGACCCGAUCCGACCCGGUUAAAAGCACGUCGUCUCCUUUUGUUCGCCCCUUAUAUUCGACGAGUGAGUUCGAUUGGAUCGCUGUUUGUCAUUUCUCACUCCCUUAAGAAAGAAAAAAGGUACUCUCUCUCCUGGCCGUUGACGGUCCCGUCCCGGCCUUGGAUCUGAUUCUGACCCCGGAUUAUCUCGCCGCGAUCUGAGGUCAAACAUGGCGGCAGCUAACGCCCCCAUCACGAUGAAGGAGGUCCUAACGCUUCCGAGCAUUGGGAUCAAUCAGCAAUUCAUCACGUUUACGAAUGUUACUAUGGAGUCUGACAAGUACAUAUGUGUACGAGAGACGGCGCCUCAGAACAGCGUUGUGAUUAUUGAUAUGAAUAUGCCGAUGCAGCCUCUAAGGAGACCUAUUACUGCUGAUUCUGCUCUUAUGAACCCAAACUCGAGGAUCCUUGCCUUGAAAGGUACUUUGACCGUUUCGUUCCACUACUAAACCUUGUACCUAGAA